GUGUCUUUAGGUUCCGUUGUUCAGUUCGAGAAGGGAAAUUUCUCCUUGUCAGCAGAAAUGGAAGAAAAGCUUUUUCCUGAGAAAAAUGAACAUCUGCUACAGUGGGCCCAGAAGGAAUAUGGAGCAGUAACAUCUUUCACUGAACUCAAAAUAUCAAGAAACAUCUAUAUUAAAGUAGGAGAAGACCAAGUUUUUCCUCCCUCAUGCAACAUAGAAAAGAAUUUUCUCUCUUUAAAUUAUCUUGCGGGAUACCUGCAACCAAAAACAGCAGAGGGGUGUCUUAUGUCUAACUUAGUCCAAGAAAGAGAAGUUCAUAUCAUUGAACUGAUCACUCCGAAUUCCAAUCCAUACAGUACUUUCCAGGUGGAUAUAAUCGUUGACAUUAAACCAUCUCAACCAGGCGCCAAGCUUGUCAGAGACGUCAUACUUAUCCUCAAGUGUAAAAAGUCUGUCAAUUGGGUUAUCAAGUCCCAUGAUGUCCAGGGAAAACUGGAAGUGAUUACGUCAAAUAGUAUUGGGUUUGGAAAGGAAACAGAACGGUCCAUGACUAUGAGUAAAUCAGUAAUACCUGAUAUUCCCUCAUCACACGAGAGUUUGAUCAAGUGGGCUUUUGAGCAUAAGUAUAGUCCGGUUACUUCCUACACAAAAGCCCCUGUUGCUAACAGAUUUCAUCUGCAACUUGAAGAUACAGAAGAGAUAAAUGAUGAAGAAGACCAUUCCCUUCCUCCGGAGCUGACAGAAUUGCUGGGUGCUAAUCCACUGCCUGCACCAAAGAAUCCUGCGUUAAGUGAUGGCUUGACUUUUCCUUUUCACAUUAACAGAGGAAGACAUGACACAGUGGGAGAAGGAAUCUUCCCAUCCAGGGAUUCUGUAGAUACCUUAAUAAAUGCUGACUUUGAGCAUUCCCUCUCAAAACAUAAAGAACCAGAAGAGGUUCAGGGCAGUGCUGAUGUAGCCCUGUCAAUAAAGUGUGAUCAUAACAUCAUGACAGUAGCUGUAGAAAAAGACUCUCUGCAGGCUAGCGGCUACACAAGGACAGAACUCUCACUGCUGGAUCACUCUUGCAAAGCCAGGAUGAAUGGUACCCAUUUCAUUUUGGAGUCUUUGCUGAACAAAUGUGGGACUCGGACAGCAUAUAUCUUUAACAAGAUUGUUUAUUUUAACUCUAUUGUCAUUCAGCUGUCAUCACCAGCUGAAAGCAGCGGCUUUGAUGAUGAUGACAUGGAAUCAGGUGAUAAUGGAUUUCCAGGGGAUGCUGACGAGGGAGAUAUUGCUUUCUCAAGUUGGCCUGAAAUAGCGUUUAAUUGCACACUGCACCAACCAGAGGAUGACAGAGGCACAUUGUGGCCUUCUGAACCACACAUCACCAACGUGACCUUCAACAUGGAGCUGUACAAAACAGACCUGUUCCUUGCUCCCUCCCAAGGACUCUUCUCUGUUGCUGAGAAUGGGCCAAUAUAUGUAGAGGUGUCUGUGACUAAAGCUGACAGAUCUUUGGGCUUUGCCAUUCAAACAUGCUUUGUUUCCCCGUUUUCAAAUCCAGAUAGAAUGUCUGACUACACUGUUAUAGAAAACAUUUGUCCUAAAGAUGAAUCUGUUAAAUUCUACAGCAUCGAGAAGGUGAACUUUCCAAUACCACAUGCACAGAAGGACAAAAAAAGAUUUAGCUUUGUGUUUAAACCAAUGUUCAACAUCUCGCUGCUCUUUCUUCACUGCGAGUUGACUUUGUGUACAAAUAAAGAUAAAGAUACUCAAGGACUGCCAAAGUGCAUUCCUCCUGAUGAAGCUUGCACCUCUCUCAAUGUAGAUAUGAUCUUGGCCAUGAUGCAAAACAAGAAAACCUUCACCAAGCCCCUUGUUGUUGUAACACAUGAAGGAAAACCAGAAGAUCCUUCCCUUCCAAAGCCAAAUGUGAGACAGCCACCUGUGCUCUACGGUCUGGACACGCUGACUGUUGUGGGCAUUGCCUUUGCAGCGUUUGUAAUUGGAGCCCUGCUAACAGGAGCGCUCUGGUUUAUCUACUCUCACACAG